AUGACUUUCCGAUCUCGUGCAGGUGGACCUGCCAAAAAGCGAGGAGCUAAAAAACAUACACAUACUAGAAAAUUGCAUCAUCCACCACCCCCUCCAGUUGAAGAACAACCACCACCUCCACCACCUUCAUCACUUCCUCUACCGUCAUCACUUGAAUCAGGACCAUUCAAUCCUCCAGAUUCGGAGAUACUCGCUCUGCUACAUAGGGCGCUUCACCAAACGGUAUCUUCCGACGAGUUCGUACCCACAGUCCAGAGGAUAAAAGGUUUAUUGUACGAUAAGAAAUGGUUGGAAGUCUUCUGUGGCCCUGAAAGUGUAUUGGAAAGUUAUGCUGGAAGAUGGGUCCCAAGUAGAGCAUGCUCUUUCAGGGAACUGAUGGAUAAGCUGGUGGGAGAGGUAUUCAAUGGGCAAGGCGCAAGUGGUUUAGCUGAACAAAUGGGAAAUUUGGCAGUGGAUGAAGACGAAAGUGAAGAAGAUGACGAUGAAGAGCCUGAAGAAGGAGAAGAAGAAGGAGGAGAAGGCGAAGGAGAAGGAGAUGCUGACAGCGAGGAAGAGAGGGAGGCUGAGGAUGAAGAUAACAAUGAAGCAGAUGGGAAAGGACUACCGGCAUCAUCCCAACAGCCUCAAUCAACAUCUGGCGAUUCUAUUCCCCGACCGACUCACCACAUUCUCUCUUUAGGUGGAGGAGCAGGCUCCGAACUCUUAGCAGUAACGGCUCUUAUACGUUCCGUUCAAAUCAAUCGACCUCAUUCCCAUCCUAAAUGGACGUGGACAGGGAUAGACAUUGGAAACUGGCAUAACGUGUUGAAGAAGAUGGAAGAUGCCGUCAAAAUAGACUGGAAGAUUGAUUCUGAUAUGUUAGAAGUAGAAUACAUCAAAGGCGAUCUUCUAGCUCUCCCCCCUACUUCAUCCUCAACUGCAACUUCAACGUCAGAAGAGUCAAAGACACCCUCAGGAAUUGAUUUGGCGAAUAUCUUGAUAACUAAACCACCUAAACUGAUCACACUCUUCUUCACGUUGACUGAAUUACUUUCUCAAUCACGUCCAAAAACACUAUCAUUAAUCAAAACACUUACGGAACAUUCACCGCCAGGAACACCUUUCUUGAUUGUAGACUCAGCUUCGGAUAUAUCAGAUUUCUCAUUGGGUCCUGAAGGCAGAAAGUAUCCAGUUUACAUGGUUAUUGAUGCUUUGUUGUCGUCAAAAGGUAGAGGUUGGGAGAAGGUCAGAGGCGAAGAUAGUAGAUGGUUCAGAUUCGACGAGGGUGUAGGCGCAGGUUGGAAAGUGAAAUUAGAAAAUACGAGGUAUUGGUAUAGACUUUACAGGCGUAUAUAA